AUGCAAUGCCAGGACACCGAGCAAUAUUCACCUGCCAGCUCGGCGUCAAGUCUCAGAACGGUCAAAUUCGACGACUCAGAUUCUUACAACAGCGCCGCACCAAGCCCGAAGACAGUCAACGUCUACGAUGAAGACUGGUACAUACGGAAUACCCGCGAGCACCCCGACCCCGAGGUCGUGGAGGCGAACAUCGGGAAUGCGAAGCGAGGCAAGGACGAGAGCGCACUGUACAUCGCCCGCCAGAAGAAUGGCCGUCCACACGCCGUCCUCGCGGGCGUGAGCAUGCCCAAACCUCCGCCCAAGGGGGCAUACGCAGGUCGCUGGAAUUACAUCGAGUUCGUCCCGGAAUGGAACGACCCGUUGUGGGUAGACCCCCAGCUCGAGAUCGAUGAGGAGGACCCCAACAAGCGCAUUGUUCGUCCUAAGGACCUGCUGCGGUACCUGCGUCCCGCGCAGCGCCCCGAAGAUCAGAUCCGGAAGCCCACGGCUAUGGCGUUGCGGUUCGGCAUAUUCCCCAUGCGUCAGGACGGCCGGUCUAGGAUGACGCCGACGAGAAGCACAUUUCGACAGUUUGCUGUCAAUGGCACCGCUAACAAGAUCUGUGGCGCGGACGUUGCCAGGGAGGCUGAGGAGCUCGCCAAGAAUUGGGGCGAUGACAGCGUCGAAGCGCUUUUGCAAAGAUACGCAAGUCUGGAUCCCAGCGGCAAAGGCAGACUUUCGGAACAGAGUGCCUUCGUCCUCAAUGCCAUGACGAGCAUGCAAGAGGAUGAGGACUGGCAAAGGAUUCUCUUUCUGGGAGCUACUACCAACGAAAGCGAUGAUUAUGUAUGGGAAUGUCUUCAGCCCGCCUUGGUACUGGCGUCUCGAAUGCUGUUCUACCUCGAAGGACACGAUCCGUUUUGGAAAGCGCUUUGCGAUGUCUGGAACAGAAUGCCUGUUCCAGAAUCACGCGACGAUCGGCCGCAAGAUCAGAGAGAUCGGUGGCCGAUGUUUACUUUCUCCAAGAACCCUGACCCCCUGCCCCCCGGCGGCCAGCCCUUCAUCCCGCCAGAGUACUACCAGCUCCUGGAUCCCAUCGAAACCACCGCGAACGUCCUCAACGACUGGCUGGUGUUGAACAUCACAAGCACAUUCCACACGGAGAACGAAGCAGAAGGGCAGCCCCUGAACGGCAUCACGUUUGCCGAAGACGAUGGGACGAUUCGUACGUGUCUCGGAGCCGAUGACAUUUAUCCGCUGCUUGUGCAGGGGUACACUACGGAUGAACGACUUGUGUUUUCCUUUCGUGUUGCGACUACCUUGAUUCAUGAGGUGGCGCACGCUGUCACCUACGCCCACAGGAACUGGAUGCACUCGCCCGGGCCCUCCACCCUGCCGAUUAUAUCUGGCCAUCCUGCCGUAGAAAAUUCGAUUGCCUCCAUAGGAAAACUUCUUUUCGCUCAUCAAAGAACCCCGGAGCCGUUCUUUGAGCAAGAGCAGAGAUGCGAAGUGGGCUUCUCGUUGGAGAAUCACCUCUAUGGAGGUACUGCCUGGCCUUUGAUCGGCCGGAGUUCACAUGUCCACCCCAAACAUCUGUACCCUACAGCCUGCGGCCUCACUUUGUACCGCUGGCCGCGGGCGUUGCACCAAGACCCUCCCGGCGACGACGAAACCCGCAAAGACCCCAGCGACGCGAUCCUCAAAACCCCGAUUCUCGUCUCGAACCAGUACGCGACAUUCAUAUCAGUAGCCCAGGUACUCCGCUUCUUCACCGAAGAGUGGUGGACCACCGAGAUCCCGCGCUUUGGAUCUGCCGCGAUGCGCCUCAACACAGAUAUGCCCACCAGGAUCCUUCCGCCCCCUGACCGGACGAUGCCAACCUUCGAAGACGCAGACCUCCUGCCGAAGCAGUGGGAUUUGUGGAACGAAUGGCCUGAUGACCUGCUGAAGACGAAUCCUUUGGUGUACGAGUUCCUGAUGUCCCUGACCCAGGAGCAUCUGAACCUGGCAUGCGCGAAGGCCAAGUGGCAGGUGGACUACCUCAGCUGGAAAGAGAGACAGUGGUUGCUCCUCAACACGGGCGCGCAGGCUACCAUCAUUGUUAUCGAGGCUGUGAUCGGGGCGACUUACCGACGGAACCUCGUGAAUAUGACGCAUCAGGAGCUCCAGAAAUGGAAGGACGAGGCGCUGUUGGGGUACCAGAACUUGUUGGCCCGGUUCACCAAAAGCAUGCAAGGUCGCAAGCUGAAAUUGCCGGCGCCGUCACUGAAUCUCGUCAACGCAGACACAUUCUGGGACAACAUCGGCACCGUGGCGCAGGGGGCCGGCCGGAGACUCGCCGAGCUUUUACGGACGUAUUACGGAGAGCUUCAGUACGAAAUCCACACAAUCAUGGGCUUGUACCUGGACAUCUUCAACCUCGGCGACGAGGAUCGGAUCAGGUUCACGGUACAGCCGGUGAUACGGACUCUGAAAGCUCGAGCCCAAACACUGGCCGGUCUUCACGAGGAGAUCAUCACCCUGGUCAACCAGCCGCAAGCCACGCGAAUGUACCCGGGUAUCGCGGAGGAGUUCAGGCCCAUGUUCGAACGGGGAUUCGAGACGACCAAGUACUUGUUCGGGUGGUCUGGGGAGAUCACGCGGAUCAAGCUGGAGAACUGGGCCCUCCUGCUCCCGCUCAUUCCCAACAUCCAUAUUGCGCACCGUCCGUCUUCGGCGCGGUUAUUCACCUUUGCGCGGAGGGAGAUUGAGCUGUUGCCGGCGAAGGAGUUUGAGGCGGUGCAGAACUAUGUGUGCACGAUUCAGAAUGCGACCAGCCACACGAAAGAGGCGAUCAACACCAUCAAUGCGGAUAGUUUGAAGCGGGACGUCGAUUACAUGCUGCGCGGUGCGGUGAGCAGGAUCAAGGACAUCUUUGGCGGUGUUCUGCACGAGGCCUCGGACGAGGCGCUGGACUCUAAGGUGCCUGACGUGGGCGAGAGGCCGAUCAAGAGGGUGAAGUACAACCCGCCUAGUCUUGAGAAACCGAUGCUGGUCAAGGCUUCGACGGCUGCAGCUGCGAGAAAGUCUGGCUUCACGAUACACGACUCGAAGAAGGCACAGUCCGGGAGGAGACGCGCAAGUGUGAUGCCGCAAAAUCAUCCCAGCACAAUCUCCGACAACCACCAGGCGCAAGGAAAGCCGGCAGUUUUCGGUGUUUCGACCAUUGACUCCCAUACCCCCAAGCUGCCCACCACGGACAUAUUUGCCAUCAAAACCGCAGGCUUCGCGCCCAUGGCCGGCAUCGAGCAUACCGGCUCCAGCACGCUCGCACCAUCGCACCCCGUGUCGGUCAACUUGUUCGCUGCGCCGUAUGCGCUUACGGGCACGCUGACUGGGGACUUGGUGCGCGAGGCGGAGAUGAUGGAGGAGCGCAGGCAUUCACUGUUUACGAAUAACCAUGCGGGAGAAUAUCGUGAUCCGAAGGGCAAUGGGCUGGAGUCGCCUGAGACGCCCAAGUUUGUGAGCAGAUUCCCCAAUCCGAAUGAUGGGACGCCCUGA